ACUUUCCGGAUGUGCAAGAAAGUUAUCCGUGUUCCCAGAAGCUGUCAGACAACUAUCUUUGUAAUACUAGACAUCUAGCUUGCAUGAACAAUAGUAUUUGAUAAAUAACUAGCGACCGUGGACAUUAUAAGUAACUCGCUAGUCAAGUUGUAAUUAAAUAUAAUAGACGUUUCCGAUAGCCACAAGGCCGGAAUAUUUUAAAAGGAGAUGGACGACGACGUACUAACAACCCUAAAAAUACUGAUCAUUGGAGAAAGUGGUGUUGGAAAGUCCAGUCUCCUGCUGAGGUUUACAGAUGACACGUUUGAUCCAGAACUAGCAGCAACAAUUGGUGUCGACUUCAAAGUGAAGACUAUCUCGGUGGACGGUAACAAGGCGAAGUUGGCAAUAUGGGACACGGCCGGCCAGGAGCGUUUCCGCACCCUGACGCCAAGCUACUACCGCGGGGCCCAAGGAGUCAUCCUGGUGUAUGACGUCACGCGCAGGGACACCUUCGCCAAGCUGGACAACUGGCUGAACGAGCUGGAGACGUACUGUACGAGGAACGACCUGGUGAAGAUGCUGGUGGGGAACAAGAUAGAUAAGGAAAACCACGAACUGGACAGGAACGAAGGGCUGAAGUUCGCAAGAAAACAUUCCAUGCUUUUUAUAGAGGCCAGUGCUAAGACGAAGGACGGGGUCCAGUGUGCGUUUGAGGAGCUGGUGGAGAAGAUCAUCCAGACCCCGGGGCUGUGGCAGAGUGACAGCCAGGGCCGAGGGCUCAAGCUGACCCCCCAGGAGCCCGGUGCUGGGGGGGGCCGCUGUGGGGGGUACUGCUCCCUGGUGUGAGCCACACGCGUUCAAACACACACACACUACUUAAACCCUCACGCAUGCAUGCAUACACACACACACACACACAGUACCUAAACGUAAACACACACACACUACUUAAAUACACGCCUAUGCACAGUGAGUCGACAUGGAUUUUACAUGCACUAAGAUGGAUUUGUUUGCUUCAUGCACACACACACACACACACACUACCAAAAACUGACAGGGUCUGCCGUGAGUGGAGACGCGAUGGAUUCUGCACAGGCUGUGUGGCCCGUCUCUCUGACAUGCAGGCAACCCUCCCCAGCAGUGUGGAUGUCUGCUGCGCUCUUCCUCAUAUCAUGACUGCACCCUCAACUCUGCUUCUGCCUGUCCACCCUUAUCCCUGUCCACCCCACCACAUGGACAACAUGUGCGUAUUAACUGGUAAUGAAGGCUGAUUCCCUGUUUGUCUUAUUGGUUUGUUUUGGUCUUUUUUUUGUCACCCCUUUUGUAUUUCUAUAGCUUCUGUUGUUGUUUUUUUUUUUGUUGUUGUUGUGUUUUUUUCUCCAUAUGUCUAUAUAUAUAUUUUCUCUAUAUAUGUCAUGAACUUCGUCCAGUGCCAGCGUGCACGUCAUUGUUCGAAAGCAUGACUCUGUUGCACCCUCAUGCCAUGUUCCCUCGGGGACGGAGGCUCAGCUACGAGCCCUCCAGGUUGGCCGUCUCUGACAGCUCCAGCUGUCCUGUUAUCCAUGUUCCUCACCAGGCUACAACUGUGUCUACGUCCGCCUGGCAGGCCUCUCUGGUCGUAACGGAACCACCAAGCUGCUGGAGCCACGGUUUACUACUUUUAUUGAGUUGGACUCCAAACUUUCAGCAGGUUUUGAAGGGUGCAUAAAUCAUACCGAUUGGCACCGGGCGCCUCUAUUGUGUGUUCUAGAAUUUUGUUGUUUUUUUGUUGUUUUUUUUUCCUCUCAAAGGCAUAAUGCUUUUUUUUUAUUUCUUUUUUUAUUGAACAGGGAGUGUAGCUAGCCUUUGGGUUCUGUGCCCUGCUCACACAGACGUCAACAGAGGAUUAUCAGUGCUAGCCAUGCCGCAGCUUCUCAUAGACCAGUGGAAAAAUGAAAAUGCAAGAAAAGGUUUGCUAUAUUAAAGAACACCAUGAGUCAUGCAUGACUGUUUCCAGUGGGAUUGGGAAGCACGGAGAAGGUAUUCAAGGCCCAGCAAAUUACUUUCACAGCACCCCUGUCUCAUCAUGUUCAACCUGAGCAUGCGGUUCAUAAACUGUCCCUCGAACACCUCUGACCUUAUCCUUGAGCGCUGGAAUUCUGGGAAGUGUAUUUUAUUCGGGUGACCUGACCUGUUGACCCAGAAUGGAAGCCUUGUAGUGAUGCCUUUAUGUCUAAAUUAAUUACAAUCAAAUUAGCUUUUUUUUUUUUUGUAUUAAUAGUCUGGCUUCUUGGUUUGUUUUGAUGGAAGACCUGAACAGUAUACAGUAUAUAGUUUUCCAUCAUUCGUGUAACAUUUGCCUUCUUUGAUCAACCUUUUCUUAAAGGUUGAUUACAUAGUAUUGAAUAAAUAAGACAUUAUGCCUGAUAUUAUUAUAAGAUGGACCUGACUCUUGAACUUGUUUCCUGUUUAUAUGUGGAAGCAUAGAAAUACAUGUAAAAGGCUCUGUGUAUUUAGAACUCUGAAAUAUGUAUAAUUCCUACAUGAAUUGUGAAACUGAAUGUAUACAUAUUGACAUAAUAAACCGCCCUUCUGUAUGUAUUAAACUAAAUAAAAAGUACUUUUUAA